AUGCGCAAGGACAUGGACGCGAAACUUUCGAAAGCUAGAGAACAGCUGCUCUCAUUUGGCUGCGACCUAAGAUUCAACCUCACGAUCUUUCCGCUCGAUGUCCCGUCCGGCGUUGAUUCUCAGCCCACCGGUGACACGGACGGGGUAUAUGGUGCCGCUGGUGAACGUGGACGAAUCGGAAACUGCGUCAAAGCAGCACUAAAGAGCAUACAUGGGAAUUCAACAACUCCGGGUCUUUCGGAAGCGGCUUUGGAGGCUGACAUGCAUAUAUUUGGAGGCAACGAAGCCUCGCCCGACACGAUGUCGCCGGUGCCGUACGAGCCAAAUUACAACCGAUGUCGGUGGAUAACUCAUUCAAGACCACAAGCUGACGGAGUAAGAGAUCUAUUACUGGUCCAAGGUAUUGCGACUUGA